GUAACUCCUCUUUUAGCAUUUCUCGUUUGCAUGUACAUUUUUUUUAACGCUCAUCUAGCGUAUUUCUAGUGUAUAAACAUAGUUGCUGAAUGGUUUCCCUUUUUGGCAUGCAAAUCAAUUGUUAUUUGCUCCCCCCUCUUAGCUGAGUAGCUAUUAUUGCGACACGUCUCAGCUUCUUUAGGAAGUGUCGUUUCCUGUGCACGACGUGGAAAAAAUGAGGCUGAACAAACACUCGGGACGAAUUCUUCUUAUGCAAAGAAACACCUUGCACCAAAUCGCCCCAGGCAACGGUUACUAUCAAGUCUACAACACAAGGCUAGAGAAGAUGAGGUAUUUGUCAAAUGGUGUCCUACCUGAAGAGGAACAAUCUGGUCUGCUUGGGAGGCAUGUGACAGCAAAACUGAACGAAAGACAAAAGGCAGCCAGGGAUCAGUUCCUUGAGGCUGAAAAACAAUGGGACAAGUUGGUUAACUGGGACCGUCUGAACAAAAUUGAAAGUGAAAUAGUUAAAACUCACAAACAAGCAGUUAUGAAUGGUCAUUUCACUUAUGAUGAUACCAACCUUAAUAAGAAGGUGAUGACAAGAUUACGUCACUUCCUGAGAGGUUCUUGCUGUGGAAAUGCCUGUAGGCAUUGCAUUUACAACCACAGCAGUGUCCCAGAAAACCUCAAAGGUACCAAGACUUUCAAUUCAGCUUUUUGGGCUUGAGUUAACAUCAGAAUUCGGACAAUUCUCCGUGGUCAUAGUGUAUCAUAUUUUUGCCCUGCCCAGCUGCAUUUAGAACAACUAUGUCCAAGAAUGAACAUAUGCCAAGAAGCAUGUGAAGUUGUAUUAUCAACAUUGAUUAAAAGUUGUUGAAGUAGUCUGCUAUCCAUUUCCUGUGCCAAUGUGCCACAUGUUUUAAUUACAUUUUAUUGUUACGUCAUACGUCCGGUGUAGCGGAAAUUCGCGAAAACAUAUGAAACCAAAGAG